GCACAAGGCCAGAAGGGCCCGGAUCCAGAACCGGACGUGGCUUGCGGCUCUGGUGCUGGAGGGCGGGUGAGAUGGCCACGGGGACAGACCAGGUGGUGGGACUCGGGCUCGUCGCCGUUAGCCUGAUCAUCUUCACCUACUACACCGCCUGGGUGAUUCUCUUGCCAUUCAUCGACAGCCAGCAUGUCAUCCACAAGUAUUUCCUGCCCCGAGCCUAUGCUGUUGCCAUCCCACUGGCCGCCGGCCUCCUGCUGCUCCUGUUUGUGGGAGUGUUCAUCAUUUAUGUGCUGCUGAAGAACCAGAAGGUGACCAAAAAGACUCAGUGAAGGCCCAGCGGGGAUGAGGCUGCAGCCCCCUCUCUGCCUCCCCUCCAGGGCAGGGCCCAAAGGUGGGGCCCCGCAGGACCGGUCCAGGUACUGCAGCCCCCUCAAGCCUGGCUGCCCUGCACACAGCCCUGUGUGCUGGAGCUGUUCAGGACUCACCCCGACUCACCAGAGCCCCUGCUCACACUGCCAGAAGCCAGGAGGGACGAGUACGUGGAAGUCUCCCUCUCACCCACUCCGGCUCAGGGCCUGAAAGAUGCUGGUCCUUCCCACCCUGCCUUCAGACUCCCUGUCACUUUUUCCUCUGGGUUCUCCCCUCUUGCCUCAGUUUCCCUCCUGUCACAUGCUGAUGUUGGACUUAGCAGGUUCUGAGGCAGCACGUGACCUAUCCCCACAUGUCCUGCUGACCUCUCUCCACAUGUCCUGCUUCUCCCCGAAGGCAGCUUUCCCGGUCUAACAAGCCCCAGACCCCACAAGGACUUCCGGACCUGGAGAGCCUAGGAGGAGGACUGACAGGCCCCAGGACCACCUCCAGGCCUCAGGGCGCAUUAGGGUGGCCACACCGGGCCCCCAAACCAACUGCUCCUCAUGGAGGCCAGCCCCCUAGCCCCAGUGCUGGCCUACUGGGGAGGCCUGAACAAUAAACAUUGAUGUUGUGUU